GUUCCUAGAUCCAUAUCUAGCUAGCUACAAUCUCAAUCUCAUUGGAAUGCACGAUCUUGCCCAUCGAGAAAUUUGGACUCCAUGGAUGCUUCUUUGGUUUCAUUUUUCUUCCACUCCUGUUGUUUUCUACCUGUAUUUCGCCGCGGCUGCAAACAUGAUUGAAAAGAAAAAAGAGAGAACUUCUUCCAAAGUCUUUAUCUUUGGUGUGGUGUGGGGCUGCUUUUAAGUUACAUGUAACAUUCUAAAGCUAUCCGUCCGGCUCUUUGCUCAGGAAUCCACCAUUGAGAAUCGAGACAAAGCCGAUUCUUUGGUGGUGGAGUGUCAACAAAGUACGAUUUCUUCUUUUUUUUUCUUCUCUUCUUUCGGUGCUUCCUCAUCUUGUUCUUUUGGUUCGCUUCGAGCUGUCAAAUGAAUUCAUUUUGCUGGCUGCAUAGAAGUCUGGAGAUAAAAGCCUGCUGGAUUGUCCAAGGCUGAGCUAGAACCGUGCAGAGCGGCAGUGUCCUUUAAGCUGUUCCACGAUCAUCGAUCUCUUUUGCCAAGAAUGGGCGUGGAAGAGCCACAGCAGCAGCAGCAGCAGGGAGUUAAGUCCUCGUGCUGCGUGGUGAAUACCCACGAGCCAAUUCUGGUUCCUCCCGCAAAGUCAAGCUCCGCGCAACACAAGGAUGAACGCUACUUCCUCACGAACUUGGACCAGAACUUGGCUGUUAUCAUGCAAACCGUCUAUUUCUACAAAGGAUCGGGAUCAUCCGAGCUCCAGCAAGCUCCACGAGAUCCUGUGGAUGUUGUCAAGAAGUCACUGGAGGAAAUUCUCAUUUUGUACUACCCCCUUGCAGGAAGGCUGGCUUUGAGCCGGGACAUGAAGCUGGAAGUUUUGUGCAACGACCAAGGUGCUUUGUUUGUCGAGGCCGAUGCAAAUGUCUCGCUUGAGCAGUUUGUCAAGGACUCGAAGCUCGGGCAAGGCCUGGAUGCAAAUCUAAGGCAAUUCGUCUACAGCGUUCCUGGUGCAAAGAGCGUGCUCGACAUUCCUCCGCUGGUCGCCCAGGUACACCAUACAUCUUCUCUCAUUUUAAAAAAGAAGGAAAAAUUCGUUUUUUGCAAUUCACGAUCUCUCCUCCAGGUGACCAGAUUCCAGUGCGGGGGAUUCGUUCUCGGCCUGUCUCUAAACCACGCAAUUUUCGAUGGUAUAGCCGCUAUGGAAUUUGUAAACUCGUGGUCGGAGCUUGCUCGAGGGGUUCCUCUCUCGGUCCCUCCGUGCCUUGACAGGAGCUCCCUCCGAGCCAGAAACCCACUCCAGAUCGAAUUCCCGCAUCCGGAGUUCCUGGAGGUGGAUCAGCCACCCAGCGAUCAACCGGCCGAGAAGAGCGAGCUCGUCUUCAAGUCCAUCGCCUUCGAUGAGAAGAAGCUGAGCUCUCUCAAGGAAGCCAUCCUCCGGGAGGGAGUUCUGGACAAGUGCAGUAGCUUCGAGGCUUUCACGGCGCUGGUGUGGAAGUGUAGAACCAUGGCGACGAGCAGUGAUCGUCUCUCGAGCAGGCAAACGAAGCUCCUCUUCGCGGUGGACGCCAGGAACAGGCUCUCGCCCGCACUCCCGCGAGGCUACGUCGGGAAUGGAAUCCUCCUCACUUGCGCUCUCACUAGCGUGGAGGAUUUGUUGCAGGGAUCGCUCUCUCACGCCAUCGAGCUCAUUCGCGCGGCGAUCGCCAAGAUCGACAAUGCUUAUCUUCGCUCCGUGAUCGAUUUCUUCGAGCAGACAAGGCUACGGCCGAGCUUGGAGUCAACGCUGGUCAUAACAACGUGGUCAAGGCUGGCAUUCCACACGACUGACUUUGGGUGGGGCACACCGCUCUUCACUGCGCCAGCCAGCUUGCCAGAGGCGGAGGUGGCACUGUUUCUACCCCACGGGGAGUCGCGCAAGGGAUUCGAACUGGUGCAUGGGCUGCCCGAGCGUGACAUGAAAACGUUUGUGAGCUUGAUGGAGACCAGCUGGAUUUGAAAUUUGAUUAUGGUUUAGAUUUAAGCAUCGUGAUAUUAAUUUGAUUGUGUUUAAUCUGAUCUCUUGCGUUGAAUCUA